AUGAGUAAUACGCCUACAAUAACAUUCUCACAAGACAAAAAAGGCAAGCGGGUAAUUGCCUGUGACGGUUAUGAGUAUCAUUUAAACAAGUCAUGUUCGAAGGUCAAGUACUGGCGUUGUAAAAAUCGUCUCUGUGCUGCUGUUAUUCAUACUGAUAUCAACGACCAAUUCAAAGUGCGCAAAGGUGAUCGCGCAAAUCAUCUAUCUUCGCCGGAACACAUCGAAAUUCUUAGCUUUAAAUCUAAUAUAAAACAGCGCGUAGUUACUGAAGCUACACCAAGUGGGCGUAUUUACGAUGAAUAA